CUGGCUCAGAGAGCCUUUGCCUCCACCGAUGGAACAAGGACGACCGCGCAGAUCGUCGCCAACUAUCCACCCGAUCCCGGUCCGGACUCGUUCCCCGGGAUCGUUCUCGCGUGCGCUGGUGGUAAACCUCCGCCAGAACCUGGGCAUCCAGUUCCCAGGGAGGCGUCCCAGCCAGCACGCAAGCCGCCUCAUGAGAGACAGUGCGGUAUGCUCGUACCAAUUAGAUUAGUUAUCCAAUAUCAAUUGUACUUAAGUUACGUUUAUGUUUAUAAUUUUACUUUAACUGUGUAA